CUCGAGCCGCCAGCUGUACGCUUGUGCUGUCCGACGGGUGGAGUUUGGCUGCAGUCCACAAGACAAAGACAAAGUGAUGGGGGACGGAGCGCUGCUGUACCGGAGCCGGACUUAACGUGACUGAAGGCCUUUGUGACUCCUGCCGAGCUCCCGGAUCUUCACCACACAAGAAAAACCACCUGCUGUACCCAGCUGUUUUUGUCCCAGUGUUUACAUCUUUUCCGCCAGCGCGAGGCAUUUCUCAAAGCGCAGAAAACAUCUGCAACAAGGGACACGCAGUUUGUUAGCACGCCUGCCUUAAUUGUACCCCCCCCCCCCCUUUCCCGGAACUCUUCUCAGCUCAGUUUCAGAAUCCAGUUUGAGGUGAAUCUACUGAAAUACUUAACACUGCCCAAGAGGGCAACAACAAGGUGGUCACCUGUAUUUGUAAUGAUUCGCAGUUCAGUGCAAGGAGAAGCUCCAUCCCCUAGUUAUCUUGAUGAAGGCCUUUUUCUGACAAAAAGGUAAAGGCCACUUGGGGCCGGGAGGUGAAGACCUGCACCUCUUCUCACAUCUGCUCAAUCCUGGGAUUUUACACUGUUUUUGAACUGAACUCAUCCAACUUCAAAGAUGGAACUCUUCUUCAAUCCUUUUGAUAACUUGGUGUGUAUCCUGCUGGGCAUCUCCUUCACCGUGUGGUUCACCCUGCUGCUGGUCUUCAUUAUUGUGCCUGCCAUCUUUGGGGUGUCCUUUGGUAUCCGGCGUCUUUACAUGAAAACACUGUUAAAGGUCUUUGAGUGGGCCACACUUAGGAUAGAGAGAGGAGCAAAAGAAAAGAAUCACCUCCUGUACAAACCCUAUUCAAAUGCUAUCAUUGCCAAGGAGCCAACCUCCUUGGAGGAGGAGAUCAAGGAGAUCCGGCGGAGCGGCAGCAAUAAAGACCUGGACUCAGCCACUGAGUUUGAGUUAUCUGACAUUUUCUAUUUUGCCCGGCGAGGAGUGGAAAGCAUCAUGGAUGAUGAAGUGACCAAGCGGUUUACUGCUGAGGAGCUGGAGUCCUGGAAUCUGCUGACCCGGAGCAACUACAACUUCCACUAUAUCAGCCUGAGGCUGACUGUCCUAUGGGGGCUGGGCCUGCUGAUCCGCUAUGGUUUCCUGCUGCCUCUCAGGGUCACUCUUGCCUUCACUGGUGUAGGUCUGCUUGUGUUCCUCACCUCUGUUGUUGGGCUGCUGCCAAAUGGAAGGAUGAAAAAUUUUCUGAGUGAGAAAGUCCAUUUGAUGUGCUACAGAAUAUGCGUCAGAGCUUUGACUGCCAUUAUAACCUACCAUGACAGUGAGAAUAAACCCAAAAAUGGAGGCAUCUGUGUCGCUAACCACACUUCACCAAUUGAUGUCAUCAUCCUGGCAAGCGAUGGCUGUUAUGCUAUGGUUGGACAAAUCCAUGGUGGCUUGAUGGGGGUCAUUCAGAGAUCCAUGGUCAAAGCUUGUCCACACAUUUGGUUUGAACGCUCAGAAGUAAAAGACAGACAUCUUGUGGCCAAAAGAUUGAGCGACCAUGUAGAAGAUAAAUCUAAACUGCCUAUCCUCAUUUUCCCAGAAGGUACCUGCAUUAACAACACAUCGGUUAUGAUGUUUAAGAAGGGCAGUUUUGAAAUUGGUGCCACAGUCUACCCUGUGGCUAUUAAGUAUGAUCCCCGCUUUGGAGAUGCUUUCUGGAAUAGCAGCAAGUUCGGGAUGGUCAACUACCUUUUGCGUAUGAUGAGCAGCUGGGCCAUCGUCUGCAGCGUGUGGUACCUUCCUCCCAUGUCUAGAGAGGAGGGAGAGGAUGCAGUACAGUUCGCAAAUCGUGUUAAAGCAGCCAUAGCCAGGCAAGGAGGACUUGUCGAUCUCUUAUGGGAUGGAGGACUGAAAAGAGCAAAGGUUAAAGAUACCUUUAAAGAAGAGCAGCAGAAGCUGUACAGUAAAAUGCUGGUUGGCACCCAGGAGGACCGCAGCCGCUCCUGAAGGACCUUUAUGGAGAUGGACUGGCUCAAAGCUGGGCACCUCUUACUGAUUAGGCGAUCAGCAGCGGUCCUUUUCUGUCGGAGCCCCUGGACUGGAAAAUUCUGUCCCUGAUGUCAAAAGUACUCCAUUUGGCUUCCUCGGUCACUGCCUCAGCCUGGCAUGUUAAGUUGGCUUCGCUGUUACGGGUCAUUCUGAGUCUGCUGCCCUGUGUUGGAAUAGCUUGACCGAAGCCUCGCUUGCAUUAGAAAUGAAGCAAUGGAGAGUCUUCCUUGGUGGCAGUCUUUUAAGGAAAAGUGUUUAUUUUUGUUUUUUGUUUUUUUUUUUUG